AUGGGCUCACGAUGGCCACCUCCCCGCGACGACGGAUACAGACAAGGCAACAGAUCUGAAGCCUAUCGCUCGUCGUAUUCGUCCACACCUCAAUUCCCGCCCUACCAAGGUGGCGGCGAUUCUCGAAAUGGCGGCGGUGACCGCUACAAUUUCCGAUCCGAUCGACGCCACCCCGAUUCCUACAGAGAUGAUGCUCGCAAUUCUGCUCGAGGCUCUGAUCGCGAUUUCCGCCCGCCUCAGGGCGACUUUACCUUUCGAACCGAUCGUCCGUCGGGAGUGCAAGAGAGCUACGAGUCGUUUCGGGGUUCUUCCCAGCGAAAUGGCAACGAUAGUUAUCGCCCCGGACCAUCGAGAAGAAACCAUGGUAACGGCCCAGGUGGUUAUAACCGUGGCGGUCCCCGUGGUUCUAGUAUGCGAAACGGACGAGGCGGUUUCAUCCCCCGUAGGAGAGAGCGAGCUGCCGAUCGUCUCUUUCUGCACAAGAAGCACGACGACGAUGCAGAGGAUCUGCUAGGUGAUACCUCUCUACGUGCCACCUAUCUUAACCCCGAUGAUCUCAGUGAAAGCGAUGACGCUGCUAUGGACAUUUCCGGAGAAUCAGAGGUCGAGGAUGAGAAUGAACCUGCUGCCAAGCGUGUUCGCCUGGACAAUGACGACUCGGUCCCAAAGUGGUCGAACCCAGACCCCUACACAGCUCUCCCCCCGCCGGAUGAGACUCAGCGCAAAAAGAAGGACGUGGUACAAAUGAUCCGAAAGGCCCGCGUAGAGGCCGAGGAAAAGAAACAGUCCGGCGACACUGAGGCUGCCGAGUUCAUCUCAUUUGAUUUCAGUGAUGAGGAGGAUGAUGUUGCGAGUGUCAAGGAGAGCGAACAGGAUAUCCGCGUGCUCAAUGCACCGACUGGCCCUCGCUCCAGCCUGCCAAUGACUCUUCCAUCAGGUCUCCCACCCCGCCCGCCCGAGAAUCUUGUCCCGCCUACCCAGCCUGCAGCGGCCAAGAGUACCCCGGCCAGGCCCGCCCCGAUUGUUGAUUUAUCAGCUUCUACUAAUCUAGGCAGCCGAAAGCGUACCGUCGAUGACAAGAUCAAGGAACGGCCCCACCAGCCGCUACAAAAGGGCAAAAAGAUGAAGGCUGAUGCUACCGUCGAGUCUGUAUGGAAGCCCACGAAAGACGAGGACGCCUGUCCCUGGGCUGUGAUUGACCACUCUUCAGAGCCCAACAUGGGUGUUCGAUUGCACAAGGAACUCGUAGACUUUUUCGAGUAUGUCCGUCCUCGCGAUUUCGAAGAGGCGGUGCGCCAGGACCUGGUCCAUAAUCUCUCCAAGCAUGCCAAGCGCUGGCAAAGAAGUGCCAAUGUCAAGCCAUUCGGCUCCUUCAUGUCUGGACUUUACCUCCCGACAGCAGACAUGGACCUGGUCAUUUGCUCUGAUAAUUACAUGAAUGGAGGUGCCCCAGUUCUGAGCGCCAAGUCGGCCCUCUUCAAGCUCAGGGCCUAUCUCACUAAGAAUGACUUGGCCCAUGGCAAUGAUGUGGAAGUCAUUAGUGGCGCAAAAGUACCACUUGUCAAAUACAUUGACGAAGCUACCGGUCUCCGUGUAGACAUUUCUUUUGAGAAUCUGACAGGUAUCCAGGCCAUUGACACAUUUAUGGAGUGGAAGAGGCAAUAUCCCGCCAUGCCUAUUCUGGUGGCCAUUAUCAAGCACUUUUUGUGCAUGCGCGGUCUCAAUGAGCCUGUAAAUGGCGGCAUUGGUGGCUUUUCUGUUAUUUGCAUGGUGGUCAACCUACUUAAUCACUGGCCAGAGGUGCAGAGCGGAACAUUGAUUCCCGAGCAUCAUUUGGGAGAAGCCUUGAUGCGCUUCUUUCGUUUAUAUGGCAAGGAGUUUGACUAUGAGUCUACAGCAAUCAGCAUGAAUCCUCCUCGAUUCGUUCCAAAGCAUUCCGUCAGCAAGCUCGUUUACCGAAACAUGGAUCGACUUUCAAUUAUCGAUCCCAACAACUCGGCCAAUGAUAUCUCCGGUGGUUCCUCCAACUUUCCCCUGAUUAGUCGAUGCUUUAGAACGGCAUAUGACGAGCUACAGAAACGCAUGUACGCCUUGGCCAAGGGCAGCGAGGCUGUACACGGCCACGACACAAUCUUGGCCCCCAUUCUUGGCGGUAACUACAAGACGUUCCGAGUACAGCGUGCAUACCUCAAGAGUAUCUAUGAUAGCAAGCACUUGGGUGCCCAAGCGGGCCAAAGACGUGCCCCGUAA